UAUAUAUAAGUAAAAUUUCUCAAUACACUCACAGUUAGUAGUAAAGUGGUGGUAAAAUAUAUAAUUUUAUAAACAAAACGAAAAAAACUCAAAUAUGGCAAAGACGUUAAGUUGUAUCCUGCUCGUAGCUAUUCUAGGUGUUUGUAUGGGCGAGAACAUCACCGAAACAGCAAGAGUAUCAAAUGAUAUACGAUAUUUCUUAUACACUCGUGUUAAUAAUAUACCCAUAGAAAUAAAUACUAACGAAAUUUCUAAUGCCAUUAUGUCGGGGUUAACUACAGUUGUUAUUGUGCAUGGCCACGGAGGCUCCUCGAGGACAUCUUUAAAUCCUCUUGUUAAAGAUGAACUAUUGAUAUAUGAAAACGUGAAUGUGAUCGUAGUAGAUUGGUCAGUAUAUGCAAGACUGUCGUACUCGCGGGCUGAUAACUAUGUUCGGGAGAUUGCUCAAGAUUUAUCAAAUUUACUUAUAUCUCAAUAUGAAACCUUUGGUGGUGGUGUAGCACCUGAAAAACUUCACUUAGUUGGCUUUAAUCUUGGUGCACAUAUUGUUGGUCAAACAGGCAGAUAUUUGCGUAGCUUUGGUAACAGCGUUGCAAGAAUUACAGCUUUAGAUCCUUCAAAAAGCAGUUACAGAUUGCAACAAUCAGAUGCUGAAUACGUUGAAGUAAUUCACACUGACACCAAUUGCCCUUUGGCUAAUGGACUUGGUACUCAAUUAGGAGAUUUGGAUUUCUAUCCUAAUGGCGGCAACAAGCAACCUGGUUGCUUUGGCUUCAACACGUGUGACCACAACCGCGCGUGGGAGUUCUUUGCAGCGUCACAGGGCCUCAAUUCUUUUUCUGCGCGUUGUUGUACUUCAAAGACCCAAAUGAAAUUAAAUACUUGCAGAGGAACAGAGAUUAGAAUGGGAGGAAAUGAUCUUCUUCCAAAAACAGGUUGCGAAAGUGGAAUCCUCCGAGUCAACACUGGACGCACAUAUCCAUUCUUUUAAGAUUAUCAGUAUUUACAAUAGUGUAGCUUAACUAUAUGUAUAUUUAUAUCUUGGAAAUUAAAUUUGUAAUAACUU